CUGGUCGCGUUGCUCAACCCGGGAGCAAAAACAACCACCGGUGUAAAUCCGCAGAAGGCCUUUGCGUCCUCGCGUCGCCGUUGUCAACUAGUCCCAACAUCGUAUGGCUCCUGAACCCCUGAGGAUGUUCAGUCCUUGUCACUGAAGGGGAUCUUUGAAAAAAAUCUCUAAUUUUCCUGCAGACCUGGAAUGCUAGCCCAUUCCUUCUUGUUUAAGCGACUGCUUCGCACCUUGGUCUGACACAGGGUGGGAUUGCGGAAAGAGGACGAAGAUUCUCCCCUCCCAGGAAAAAAGCGAAGCGGCCUGAUCUGACGGAGACGGAGGCGGUGGCGACAGCUGCCUGGAAAGAGCGCCGACGCAGACAUGGGGAAAUCUCUUUCAAAACCUUUGUAUGCAUCUAAAGAAGAUGGAAUUUCAUCAUCUGACAGCAUGAGGAAUGGAUUAAUUCAUUCAGAAUCUCACAAUGAAGAUGGAAGAAAUGGUGAUGUGUCACAGUUUCCUUAUGUGGAAUUUACAGGAAGAGAUAGUGUCACAUGUCCCACUUGCCAGGGAACAGGGAGAAUCCCACGUGGACAGGAAAAUCAGCUUGUUGCCCUAAUUCCAUACAGUGAUCAGAGACUGAGGCCAAGAAGAACAAAGCUGUAUGUGACUGCUUCUGUAAUUGUAUGUUUACUACUUUCUGGACUGGCAGUCUUUUUCUUAUUUCCUCGAUCUAUUGAUGUGGAAUACAUUGGAGUCAAGUCUGUAUAUGUCAGUUAUGAAGAACAGAGGCGUGUAAUAUAUUUAAAUAUUACGAAUACAUUGAACAUAACAAACAACAAUUAUUAUUCUGUUGAAGUUGAAAACAUUACAGCCCAGGUACAAUUUGCAAAGACUGUCAUUGGGAAAGCACGGCUAAGCAACAAUACCCACAUUGGCCCGCUGGAUAUGAAACAGAUUGAUUAUAUGGUACCCACAAUUAUACAAGAUGAAAUGAGUUACAUGUUUGAUUUUUGUACCUUAUCCUAUAUCAAAGUGCAUAAUAUAGUGGUUAUGAUGCAAGUGACUGUGACCACCUCUUAUUUUGGCCAUUCUGAACAAAUAUCACAGGAGCGAUACCAGUAUGUAGACUGUGGCGGAAACACAACUUACCAGCUGGGACAGUCAGAGUAUCUAAAUGUACUUCAGCCUCCUCAGUAAAAGAAGCAAAGCUAUACCUGUCUGAGGAAAGAAAAAAGACUGUUGGUUCUUUUACUGUUCUUCCCAGUUGAACUUUUGAAUAUCUAUUACUAUUUAGAGGUGGAUGUAUAUAACUUAGCACUCCUGAAGGCAUCUGUAUUUUGAGGCAUGAGCAGAAAAAGGGCAAACGGUACCUAUUCUCACUUGAUAACUUCUUCCUUUUCACUCUAAAUGUGUACGUAUUCUGUCAAAUUCUUACAUUGGGGAGUGGGGGAGAUGAAUCUUAAAUCAAUGAACUUGUAUUUUCCUACGUGGAAACUUGGGUACGUGACUUAUAAAAGUCAGUGUGCAACCAUAAUUGUAUACAUGACAUUUGCUACUAACAAGUAUGUAUUAAUGAGUAAGCUGACAACAAUAUUUGUAUGUAUUAGUGACAACUUGGUACUUUUAGUUCCAUUGACUUUGUUUAAAUGAAGGAUGAAACAUCAGUUGUACCAAAAGUUCAGCCACGUUGUUGCAAUAGACGGUACAUGUUUUCAACUGACAUAUGGUUUUCAAUGCAUUUUCACCGUGUUGGAGAGUUUGUUCUUUUAAAAAUUCGUUACAUAUAAAAUGCUUGUUGCUGCCUUUCCACAAAGCACAUACAUUUUCUUGAAAAAGUUGGGUAGAUGGAUAAUAUGAAUACAAUUUGAUUGAUGCAUACCUGUAGAUUGAUGGGCACCAAAUGUGGAUUGAAACAUAAUACAUAAAAAGAAACUGGUUUUUAAAAGACAAAACAAUACAUGUGAUUUAAAGUUCCACUUUAUAGAGAACUAAGGAAUGCCUUUUCUUCAUUUUCUAUCUUCUGUGGACCAGUAUGAAGUGAUUGGCUGCUUCACUCAGAACUCUUGAGUGUGCUCUCUAUUUCAGCUUUAAAUUCACUUCAUUGUAAUAUGGAUAUUUUCUACAUGUAGACUUUUGAGAAUUUGAAGCAAGAGUAAAGUACGCCUAUCAUAACAGAACAUCUUAUUAAAAUCAACCAUAUUUUCUUUUUACAAGAUUUGAGAGUUCUUUGACAGUUUGAGAGUAGAUCAGAGUGGGCAUCCUCCAGUAGUUGAGGGGCUAUAUUUCCUUUUCCAGAGCCCACAGGGCUGCAUCCCAGCACUGCAUAAAUUACUGCUGCUGUUGUCGAAACUGCUAUGGUAGGAGUGAAAAUGCAGUGAUUUUGCAAGGAGACAAGGCAUACAGUGAGCAGAACUGGGCUCUUGCUUCCCAAUAAGAUGUACAUUCCCUACCUGCCUCCCUGCAAAAAGGAAAGAAUUUACUGGCACUGUGGCAAUUCUGGCAGGGUGGCAGGGUCCUGCAGUAACUGCUGUGGAAGGGCUGAAUGCAGCCUGUUUGCUAUCCACCUCUGCCUACAUAUCAGAAUCAACAUUUUCUCUUGACAUGUGUGCCUUCUCUUCAGAAGCUGCUGAAUAAUGAGGGUGCUGCUGCUAUUGUUUAGCUUGACAACUUCUUGCUUUGUUGUUCUGGUCACUCUGGAAGGAAAGCAAUCACAACAGCAAGCUGGCCCACAUGGUUACUACACCAGCAAUGUUGACAUGGUAAGUAACAUCUUUGGUCACCUGUCUGUGAUUGCUUCCUUUCUAAGAAGUGAUAUGGGAAGGAGCUGCAGUAUAGCAGCUUCCAUGCCACUGUAAUCAAGUAUGGAUAGAUCCCGUUGGAUGGAGCUUGGAUGGUAAAAAGUAUAUUCUGUUGUUAUUUGAUACCCCAUAUAGUUAACAUGUUGAAUUUGUAUUUCCAUUUGGUUUGAUUCUGAUUUGCCAACUAAGAAAUACUGAAGUAUCUUCUGUGUCAUAGUAAUAGACCCUUUCCUAAAAGAAUGUAAAGUGGUCAUUAAAAAUUUGAAAGCAUUAACAAUCUGAAAACACUAAAUUUAAUCUAUCCAAGGUCAACAUUUCAUGUCCCACUGGUUUUUGUGGGAGACAUUUAAGCAUGUUUCCAUAGUGAUCAGGGGGCAUGAAAAUAUCUCAUUUGGGAUCGAUCCUGCUCAUUUUUACCUGCAUGGUGUAUGUUCUUCAUUUACAAUGUAAAUAGUGCUUAAGACUGCAGAAAUUGGAGCAGCCAAACUUGUACAUUCUUACUGAUGCAUUUCUAUUUAACAAUAAUGCUGAUUAUGUAGAAACAACAAUUGCUAGGAGCUUUGUUGUCGGAAAGAAACCUAAAUAGAUUUAAAGCUGAUUGUUGGGAUUUCUGCAGUACAGUGGUAUAUAUUGUUACUAACUGGCAUAUUGCCUAUGUAUUGAUGUGUCAGUAGUUUGCUGAAUAACAUUUUUGGAAUCCAUUUAGCAAAUUGUACUGGGGAAAUCUCAGAGUGACAAUUUUUAGUAUUUUCUGCUCUGAACAGAGUAUCUAUGAAUAGCCUUACUGAAAUGAGACCACUCUUGGAUUAGUAUGAAAGAAAUGGGCUAUAAUUUGACAUCCUGAGUGAGGCCUUAAAAACCAAGUUUUUAUGUUAUUCACAAGUAGAAGCUGGCACAUAUAGCUUUUCUAUAUCAUCUACAUAUUAUUAGGUUAACUUUUAUAUUUUUUGUUGAACCAUUUAGGGCAUUCUUGAUUAAAAUAAUUUUAAAGUUCAUAAAUGAAAUGUUAAGGGUUUGACAGUACAAAAACUGUAGGAAGCCAUUUUUAUGACACUGUUUAUAGCAAUAUAGAAGAAAUUAACUCUGUUGACAAAAUGAGUCCCUGGAAUAAAGCUAAUGGGCUAGAGUCCUUAAAGGUAUAUGUAUAAACCCACAGUAAUGCAUUUGAAAAUACCUGGUUCAUUUUGAAUUCAUUAUGAAUUUUCCACACAAUUACCUGAAAAUAGCAAAUUGCAAUUUAAUAUAUAUUCUUUUGUCAGUACUAUGAAAAAUUAAGUAGAAUUUGUUGACUGAUGCACUUGUUUUCUAACAUAUCUAAGGAUAAAUAUUUGUUCACCAAAAUCUUUAUUUUUAUGUUGAGCAGCUACUGUUAUGCUAUUGAGAAGAAUUUCCAUUAUCAACAUUAUUCCUGUUCCCCUCCCUUCCUCUCCCUCUCUCUCUCAGCAGUAGUUUUGCACUUUAAAUGAAAGUUUGUUGGAUAAAAUACGGCAAUUUGCACUGUACUGCAGUGACACUUAAAGAGUUACUGGGGGGUGGAAAAUGAAUUGCCUAAGUAGCUAUAAGUUAUGUGCCAAGGUAAUACCUUCUAACUUGGAAAUAAUCCAACUUAGUUUUGAAUUCAGUUGUGGUGUGAUCAAAAUAUAAUCAUUUUUACAUCUGUUAAGUCCUUACAUGCAUCAGUAUCCAGUCACUUAUUAUAAAUUAUCUUUUUCCUUUUAAUAAUUUUGAAAGUUUUGAUGCAUUUUGUGUGGAAAUACACAUUGUAGAACUGAAAGUGGUAAGAGUCAUGGGGAGAUCCUGCUUUGUUUAAACCAAGUACAAUUCAAGUAAACCUUAGGAAACUGUAUUUGAAUGUAAUGGAAAACUGCUGUUCAUUCAAAUCCAAAAGUAGAAGAUUUUGGUCUUCUCAUAUAUAGGGAUUGUGGAGUCUGAAGCAACUACAGCUUAUUUUCAUAAGGCCAAGCCAUCAUUUAGCUUUGAACCUGAACCAGGACCGUGUUGGGCUCUAUUGCCAUUAAUUUUUGGAUGAAGUGGGGUUAGUGAGUAACUGCAACACUGUAUUUACAGUAAAACAGCAAAUACGUUUAUGAAAAUGCUUAUAAAAUUAUUUAGCUUUUAUGCAGAAAAGAAUCCCUUAGCAUUUUUCAUUGCCAUCUGACUUGUGUCUUGAAUGCUCAUUUCUGGGAAUUGUGGUCUCUAGACAAGUAUCAAACAAUGUUGCCACAAAUAGAAAAAAGCCCUGAGUGUGGGAUUCAGUUGCACUUAAAGAAAGCCAGUGGUGGCAUAUAGGCUGCCAACAUUAAUUUGAAAGUAAAUGUGCAGUAAGCAAGGCUUGAAUACUUGGCAUAUGUUAGUAUUCUUGAGCUCUGUGCUUGUCAUUUUAUCCCAGUGUAGGGUGGAUCGUGGCAUAGCAAAAACUACUGCCAAAUUCUUAGCUGGCAAAGGUAGGGCAGGCCCUACAGUUUUAUUGUAUUAUACAGAUUUCUGCAUAAAAACAAAGUAACUUAGGAUAUAGUCCUGUGCAUGUUUAGGCAGAAAAAAGUCUUAUCUCCCAGCAUUCUGCAGCUAGUAUGGCUGGAAGAUAUGGAAGAUACUCUUUUUUGCUAAACAUGUGUAGGUCUGCACCCUCAAUGACCUACUUACUGUUCUGUUUUUUAAUCUGUUAACCAGUAGUAGUGCUAAUUGUAUAAAAUGCAUAUAAUUUAUGUAUAGAAAUGCUAAAAAGUGAGAACUAUUUUUGUAAUUUCAGAAUUGUAAUUGUUGCUGUAAUUGUGUGUGGCAAACUACGCAGUGUUUUGAAGCAUGAUAAAUAAAACUUCGUUAUGCUAUUGUC